AUGGAUAGCGAAAUUGAUGCUUAUCGACAAAGCCGCACAAAUUGUAAAAGUAGACUAACAAAGUUUAAAACCUUUUUGGAUAAAUGUUCAGUAGAAAAUACGGCUGUCGAGGAGAUUCAACUUCGUUUAUCUAAAAUGGAUGAUAAUUGGAAAGAGUACGAUAGAGCGCAAUUGGGCCUCGAGACAUUAGCUCCAAAUGCCAAUCGCGAUUUUGAACGUAAUGAAUUCGAGGAAAAUCAUUUUAAAUUUUGUGCUAUCGCUGCUAAAUUGAUAAACGAACGUACACAGCCAAGGCAAUCGGAACUGCUGUCUCGGGGUGGGGAGGUGAAUACUCACCUCGCCCGUAUCGCACAAUUAGAGGCGGAUCUUCAAGCCCAGCGUACGAAUGAAUUAACAAGUUUGCGUGAACUUGUCGUGAGAUCCACCACACCCAGCGAUGAUUCGGUCGAACGUACGAGAAAUAUUCGUUUGCCCACAUUGACGUUACCCACGUUUUCAGGUGGUUACGGGGAAUGGUUGGGGUUUCGGGACGCGUUCUCUGCAGUUAUACACGAUGAUUCCACAAUUCCGCAAAUUCAAAAGUUGCGAUAUCUUAGAUCGUAUUUAAAGGGAGAAGCCGCGCAAGUGAUCGAGAACAUCGAGACCUCCAGCGACAAUUAUGUCGAAGCGUGGAACCUUCUUAAUGAAAGAUACAAUAAUGAAAGAGUGAUCAUUCAGAAUCACAUUCAAGCAAUUUUUGAUUUGCCGGUUAUUAGUCGCGAGUCAGUCGCGGGUUUACGUGGCUUUUAUGACGGAAUAGUUCGACAUAUGCGCGCGCUGAAGGUCUUGAAAGAGCCCACUGUUCACUGGGACACUCCCAUGCUUUGCCUGCUCACGGCGAAAUUAGAUAAAGAUUCUCGACGCGAGUGGGAGAAGAAAGUAAGCGGAAAUAAAAUGCCCAAAUUUGAUAAAUUUUUAGAAUUCUUACGCGAACGAUGUCAACUACUAGAAGCAAUACACGCUGGCUGUGGUGAAACUAAUAAAUCGAAUACAAGGUCUAGCAAUCAAUCGCAAACAACUAAUGAUAGAAAAACGAUAGGAAAAUCAUUUUUAAACACACAACCGGGUUACUCUUGUUAUAAUUGUAAAGAUAAUCACAUAAUUAAUAAAUGCCCUGAUUUUUUGAAUAUGUCAAUAAAUGAUAGAAAAGAGUUAGUCAAAAGGUUAGGACUUUGUUAUAAUUGUUUAAAAAAAAAUCAUAGGAUCAGCGAGUGUAACUCCGGUAAUUGUUUGAAAUGUCAUAAAAAGCAUCACACUUUAUUGCACAGAGAAAAUGUAGAAAUUAACGUAGAAAUAAAUGAAAAAAGUGAAGAACCUGUAAGCUUAUCAAAAAAUCUUCACAUUUGUAAUGCCUCUGCAGUGAUGUUAUCCACGGCGAUAGUAGACAUGUUUGAUAGUGAGGGAAAAAGACAUGAAUGUCGCGUGUUAUUGGAUAGCGGUUCUCAGCCAAAUAUUAUCACUUCUAAAUUUGCGAAAUUAUUAAAGUUAAAAAUAAAGAAAACUAACGCGGCUAUUCAAGCAGUAAACAAUCAAGAAAUUAAUAGUUUAGAAUGGGUAUCCGCGAAAUUCCAAUCUCAGCACAGUAAUUAUUUUGCAAAUUUAUCGUUUCUUGUUUUACCUCACAUCACAACCAAUCAUCCUAAUAUUUCAAUCAAUAAACAGAUCCUAAACAUUCCAAAGAAUAUUCCUCUUGCUGACGCGACGUUUGACAGACCUUCGUCCAUUGAUGCACUCAUUGGUGCUGAAAUAUUUUAUGAUCUCUUGUGCAGUGACAAAAUUCCGUUAACCCUCCCACGCACUCAUCUGCAAAAAACGAAGAUUGGAUGGAUUGUCACUGGCAAGUUGAACAACAAUCAACCGACGAACCAAUUUUCUUGCAAUCUCAUCAGGGAUCAACUGCAUCAGCAAUUGGAGAAAUUUUGGGAAAUUGAGGAGCUGGUGGAGGAGCGACAUCUUUCUCAAGAAGAGGAGGCAUGCGAACAACACUUCAAACAGAACGUGCAGCGUGAGGCAUCGGGACAAUACGUUGUCCGUUUACCGCUAAAAAAGGAGGCGGAGACUCUUGGAUCAUCGUAUGAGACUGCUCGUCGACGAUUCUUUUCCUUGGAAAAGAAGCUGGAAAAGGAUUCAACGUUACGAGAAAUGUAUCAUGCAUUCAUGCGUGAAUACCUGGAAUUAAAUCAUAUGGAAGAAGUGACCUUGAACGAGAGAGACGGAUAUUUCAUUCCUCAUCAUGCGAUUCUAAAAGAGAAGAGUUUGACUACGAGAUUGCGAGCGGUGUUCAAUGCCUCAUUGAAGACGAAUUCGGGUGUGUCCUUGAACGAGGUGAUGAUGGUGGGGCCGACUAUUCAGGAUGGAGUAAUGGAACUGAUGCUUCGCUUCAGAUUACCUGUGAUUGCCCUGGGAGCGGACAUCGAAAAAAUGUAUCGCCAGUUUCUGAUCCAUCCUGAUGAUCGAAAAUACCAAAAAAUAUUUUGGCGAUUUAAUUCAAAUGAGCCAUUGAAGAUCUAUCAGUUGAGAACGAUCACUUAUGGCACCGCCUCAGCCCCGUUUCUGGCGACGAGAUGCUUGGCGCAGUUAGCAGAAGAUGAAGGAGCAGCGUUUCCGGAAGCAGCAACAGCAUUGAGAAACGACUUCUACGUUGACGAUGCAAUGACUGGAAGAGAUACCUAUGAGGAUGCUGAUCUUCUGAUCAAGGAGCUGAUCAGCUUGACAUCCAAGGCUGGUCUGCGACUGUGCAAAUGGGUCUCCAACGAUGCUCGACUUACAAGUUCAAUGGCUGAUAGCUUGAGCAAUCUACGCAAAAAAUUGGACGAUGAUCAUACCACCACGAAGACUCUGGGCAUUGUCUGGGAUGCUGCGACGGAUGAACUCGGAUUUGAAGUGGAGCUGAAACAGGAAUCGGAAGUGAUCACCAAGCGAUCCAUUUUAUCUGAGACUGCACAGUUCUACGAUCCUCAAGGGUGGAUAGCACCAGUGAUCAUCUUAGCAAAGAUGGAGAUGCAACAACUCUGGAAGCUAAAGUCCGGAUGGGAUGAUCCAGUGCCAGAGGAAAUGGAACAAAACUGGCGACUGUUUCGUGAUCAACUGAAGCUGGUCAACGAGUGGCGAAUUCCAAGAUUAGCCAAGCUGAUCAACUCGCAGGAACUGCAGCUGCAUGGCUUUGCUGAUGCCAGUCAGCGUGCAUAUGGCGCGUGCAUGUAUCUGAGAUCAACGAGUGGAGAGGAGUAUCACUCAUUGUUACUGUGUGCGAAGUCAAGGGUAGCUCCAGUCAAAAUCAUUUCCUUACCAAGGCUGGAACUAUGUGCGGCAGUUUUACUCGUGAAAUUGUUCAAAACAGUACAAAAAGCUCUCAAGGUCAAAUUCAGCAAAGUGACCUUCUGGUCUGACUCAACGAUCGUUCUCAAUUGGAUCAACAAGCCACCGUACAAACUGGAGACCUUCGAAGCAAACCGAAUAGCCGAGAUACAAAGUGUAACGAAGCCUGAGGAUUGGAGACACGUUCCAACAUCCGAGAAUCCUGCAGAUGUGAUUUCCAGAGGUCAACUGCCAGCGGAGUUUCUGGAAAACCAAUUAUGGAAACAUGGACCGACCUGGUUGAGAAAAGAAGAGGAAAAUUGGCCUCCAAGAUUCCAAGCAGUGCAAGGAGAUCAUGAAGAAUCAUCAAGGGUCCAAGUGUUGACUCACAAGAUCAAUGAACCCUGGAAUUUGUGGAAUCGUUAUUCAUCAGUGAAGAUGCUCGUCCGAGUGCUGGCGUGGUGCAUUCGAUUUUGUCAAAGAGCAAGAAAAAGGGAACGAGUAGCAGGGGAAUUAUCCAUAGAUGAACUACGAUCAGCGGAGUUGAUCAUGAUCAAGAAUUUGCAACGAGAAAAAUUUCCUGAGGAAGUAAAGGCUCUCUCCUUGAACAAGCCAGUACCGAAAAGUUCCAAGGUCGCGCGACUGAGCCCUGUGAUGGAGGAUGGUGUCCUGAGAGUGGGGGGUCGACUGCAACAUGCUGACAUUGACAAAAACCAAAUGCAUCCCAUCCUUAUCCCUAAACUGCAUCCUGUGACUACCUUAUUGAUUCGUGAUGCCCAUAUUAAUAUGAAACAUGCAGGAAUCAAUGCGACAUUGUAUAAUCUUCGACAAAAUUAUUGGAUCGUCGACGGUAGAGUAGCAGUUAGCCAGGUGGUGACGUCCUGCGUGACGUGUCGUCGAGUAAAGCCUAAAGAAGUAGCAUAUGUUAUGGGGAAUCUCCCUAAGGUGAGAGUUUCUGCUGCGAGACCUUUUGAGAGGGUGGGGGUGGAUUAUUGCGGUCAUUUCUUUAUUAAGGAAAAAAGAAGUCGAAAUAGAGCAAAAUUAAAAGUGUACGCGGCGGUGUUUGUGUGCAUGGCCACUAAAGCGGUCCACAUUGAGUUGGUGGAAAAUUUAACAACCGAAGCGUUCCUCGGAUGUUUGCGCAGAUUUUUUGCGAGGCGUGGAAAAGCAAAGGCCUUGUAUUCGGAUAACGGUACGAACUUUGUGGGUGCAAAUAAUGACCUUAAGGACCUUUACGAUUUUUUAAACUCAGAAAAGGGAAAUGUAAAAAUUCAGCGAGAAUUAGCUAACGAAUUAAUCGAAUGGAAUUUUAAUCCUCCUCGAACUCCGCACUUCGGCGGACUGUGGGAAGCUGCGGUGAAGGCCUUAAAGCAUCAUUUGAGACGAGUUGUCGGCGAUACAUUGUUAUCGUAUGAAAAUUUGAAUACACUCAUGUGCGAAAUUGAGGCGUUGUUAAAUUCGCGCCCAUUGACACCAAUGUCUUCGGACCCCACGGAUUUAAAUGUGUUGACCCCGGGACAUUUUUUAAUUGGACAAUCUCUGUUGACAAUUCCUUCUACUGACCUUUCCACAGUACCUAUCAAUCGUUUGAGUGUGUGGCAACACAUUCAAAAAAUCAAAGGAGAUCUGUGGAAACGUUGGACGAAGGAAUAUCUUAGCGAACUAAAUUCAAAAAGUAAAUGGAUUGCGGGAGAAGAAAAUAUAAAGGUGGGAACGUUGGUCACAAUAAGGGAUGAUAAUAGUCCACCGAUGCGUUGGUGCAUGGGCCGAAUCGUGGAAACAAUUCCAGGCGACGAUGGAAUUGUGAGAGUUGUAAAGGUUCGAACUGUGAAUGGAAUAAUCGAGAGAGGAGUGAAACGAAUUGCACCACUUCCUGUUGAAAAUUAA